AACCACUAGAGGCGCCUCCAUCUGUUAUCGUAGUACAAUAAAUUACUGAUUCGUUUAUGAUUUCUUAUUUAUCGUGCAUUACUCAUUAUGAGCCAAUAAAUUUCAACUUUCUAUAUGCAAAAUAGUAAAAGGUUAUAUUGAUUUUUUUAUUUUGCUUUUAUUCUCCUUAUAUGUCUGUCAAUUUAUUCUUGUAAUUUACACAUCAAAGUUCCUACGUAAUAAGUGUAGGUUAUUCGAGUCUUUGAGAAUAAUAUCUAAUGUUGUCGUAUUACAAUAUUAGUUAUUUAAUACAAAUUUUACUUAUCUAAAACAAUAAUCAAUUAUGUUAUACAUUAACGUCAAUUUCAAAAACUGUACAUAUCAAUAACAUUAUAUUUUAAGUACUUUAACAAUAGUUUAUAGUUAUGUUAAAAGUUCAUUGGGUGUAUCAUUCGUAUUACAAAUUUUUAGUUUACAAUUCUCUUCCGUUUGUUAAAUAAUAAAAAAAAAUAUAUUUAAGAUUAAAUCCUAUUACACCCAUAAAAAAAGAAUGAUUUUUAUAGUCCGCUUAUUACAUUGAACUAUCAACAGUAAUUGUUGCAUAUAGAUUUUCGUGAUGAUGGUAGAAAAUUGUGAACUUGAAAAUUACACUUUGGAAUUGGAUGCAUUGACGAACAGGCAACUCAGUAUUUAUUUGUAUAGGAAUAUACAAAAUAUCGAUGAAUUACAUAAGAAACUGCUAAAUAAAGAACUUCCAUGCUGCAUCGUUAAAGCAAAUUUAAUAUUAGAUCCUUUUCAAAUUGUUAUCGCUGCAAAUAAGGCUGCAUUAAACGAAAAAUAUGGGCAAAUGGUCGCAAGAAAUUUAUAUACAGAAAUUAUAUAUUGUUUGUCAAUAUCAACAAAUAUUUCUCAAUCAUUAGCAGCAUUUGGUAUUUCGAAAGACACUGCAAAUGUUUUAGUUAUUUUAAUUCAUGAUGCACAAGAGAAAGAAUCUAUGGAAAAACUUGUUUUCGACUGCAUCGAGGGUACACGAAUACCAAUAUCAAGGCUUUCUGACUUCUCUGACAUAAGUUUAAUAAAAAAGACUUAUAAAAUAUGUAACGAAGAAUCAAAUAUUCCUAGUCUGUUAGAUUCAAUAGUGAGUAGGAUAAGUGAGAAAAUUUGAAGCGAAAAAGUUUAUUGGACUGGAAAUUGUGGAUUAGGUUUUGUAUAAAUAAAUUCAAUAUCAAAUUGAAAA